AGGAUUGGUCGCGCAGGCGCAGGGAAGGAUCCGUUUUGGCGGGCGGUUGGCGUUGCGCAGAAGGCGGCGGCAGCAGUGGCUUGUGGUCCGGCCUCACCACAGAGGAACGGGGAAGACGUUAGCGUGAGUGAUCGGUCUCCAUCCCGGGAACCCGGUGGCCUUCGUCCUUCAGGUGGGACAGUGUGCGACAUGGGAAAGAAAACCAAGCGGACAGCUGACAGUUCUUCUUCAGAGGAUGAGGAGGAGUAUGUUGUGGAGAAGGUGCUAGACAGGCGCGUGGUUAAGGGGCAAGUGGAAUACCUACUGAAGUGGAAAGGUUUUUCUGAGGAGCACAAUACUUGGGAACCUGAGAAAAAUUUGGAUUGCCCUGAGCUAAUUUCUGAGUUUAUGAAAAAGUAUAAGAAGAUGAAGGAGGGUGAAAACAACAAGCCCAGGGAGAAGUCAGAAAGUAACAAGAGGAAAUCCAAUUUCUCGAACAGUGCUGAUGAUAUCAAAUCCAAAAAAAAGAGAGAGCAGAGCAAUGAUAUCGCUCGGGGCUUUGAGAGAGGACUGGAACCAGAAAAGAUCAUUGGGGCGACAGAUUCCUGUGGUGAUUUAAUGUUCCUAAUGAAAUGGAAAGACACAGAUGAAGCUGACCUGGUUCUUGCAAAAGAAGCUAAUGUAAAAUGUCCACAGAUUGUGAUAGCCUUUUAUGAAGAGAGACUGACGUGGCACGCAUAUCCUGAGGAUGCGGAAAACAAAGAGAAAGAAACAGCAAAGAGCUAAAGGAGGGGGUGGUCUCUGUCAUUUCUCUUUGUACAUAAUACAUUUACCUCCCUGCCUCCUCUCCCUUCUAUCCACCCCCUUCUAUCCUAAACACAUCCAUAAAAAAUGUGCUUAUCACUGUGCUCCACAGGAGAAAUGUUGGUAUUGGUUCUCUUGUAACAUAACUGAUGGUCUGAUUCAUGAUAAGUGUCUCUCUGUGAAGACCAGGCAUUUACAUACUGUGUGUUAUUCCUACAAUUUUUUUCCUUUGCCCUGAUCUCUUCCUUCUGCUCCCCUGUGACCUCAAGAUGAGUUUUAACUUUUUAAUCACCUUAGAGUCUUGAUCUUUCAGGGUUGGUCGCUUUUUAGAUUGGGGGGUUUUGUUACAAUGGUGAUGAAUUUAGGUUUCUUGCUUUGGUUCUUAGAACAUGUUGAUGACCACCUAGCCUUUUUGUUUUGAGAUGUUGGGAUGGAAAAUAUGUUGCCCAUCUUUUUAAAAAGCCAAUAGCAACUGCCUACCUGUUGGGGCUUUCCCAGCGUCAUUCAGCUCUACCCAGGAGAAUACAGGGUUCCUAGUGUGGUCUUCUGGGCCACCCUCUGUUGUUCAUCCUCACCCAACCUCCCAGAAUAGCUCCAUCCUUUGGAGGACUUGAAAUUUUACAUUCAAAUUUGUCAAGGCACUUCUUUUAGUCCCAGGACUUUUGGCCUUGUUUCUUAGCAAUCCCUGAUUCUGCUUCUGCAAGGUGGUGUAUCUGUCAUAAAAUGACAAGAUAAUUAACUGUGGAGAUUUUUAGCUAUUGGUACAUGAGGAUGAUGGGGUAGGGUACAGUUGUCUUUAUUAUCACAUAUGGCAUAUAUGUAUUAUCUCCUUCCACCCCUCGCAUUUGGAUUAUAUAUUCAUGUAGGUGUGUGAUUGCCUGGUGCUUGCUUUUGCCAAGGUGCUAGGCACCCUCCAACCCUGCCAACUUUUGUGGCCUCCCAAAGCAUUCCUGUUACCAAAGAGGCUUCAAACCUAACCCUCACUUCUCAGUGGACCCAAGUUUCCCCUCCUGUGCCAUUAUUUUCAGUGGGGAAUUCUUGGAGGGGAGCCAUUGGCCACGAUAUCAAUUAUGAUAGUCACAAUAUCAUAAAUAUUCACAGCGUUUAUAGUCAUAAAUUUCCUGCUUUGUUGACUCCUGGAUUUGCCACCAAGAGUCCCCAAAGUAUUAACGUGCUUUCUUUUUUCCACCCUCAAACUCUUACUUGUAUCUUAUUUUUAAAAAUGCGUUUCUAUGGAAGACUAUCACUUCAGAGAGUGACAAACCCUGGCAUUAGUGUGUUGACACAACCUUCUCUCCCUACUCAGCAAAAUAUUUCCCUGUUGGCUUCCUCCUGCCUUGCCAUUAUAUUGAGAGAUUAUUUUUCUGAUCAUAUCCUUCUGCCUUUGUCCCCCAAGAAAUGCCCUGCUUCUCUUGACCCUUUUUGUCUUGUAGUUGAGGGAGGCUAGAGAAUCAAGACUAAAAGUAAGGAAAUAACAGGGGUUUGAGCAUCCUUGUCCCAGCCCAAAGCUGAGGAAAUAAGAAUAAAUGCUUAAAAUCGCCUUAACUCUAGAGUUCACCAGCCAUUGAGGGUUUUUUUUGUUGUUGCUUUUGAUUUUUAAAACAUACAGCUGUCUGGCCAGGAGCGUUCAACCAUUUCUGGAUUAUUCAGAGUAAUGAGGGGAGUGGAUAGAUUGCUGCAGUUCACAGAUGAGCUGAAUAACAUGCAAAUCAUAUGCCCAUUCAUAGCAUUUGUUAACAUUGCUUCCCUGCUCAGCUGCUGAUUGAAUUCUGUGGGCUUGUAUAAAUUAUGUCAAAAAUUAUACUGCACAGUUGAGAAGACAGCUGUUGCUGCAGUGACAUGACAGACUGGAACAAUGAAGCUUUUGGUUUAAGUCAUCCAGGAAAAUCCUUCUGAAUGGUAAUGUGUUUGGGUGAGAACUCAUAACCCAUACCUCAAGUGGGUAGGAGUUUUAUCUCCAUCUUCUUUUACUCUCUGAAGGAAUUAAAGGCCUAGAUCAAGUGCUAGUUAAUUGACAGUUGUUAGUACUUAAUCUGAUGGGUAUCUAAACGAAAGAAAGGGUGGUCAGGAAACAAAUUUGUCAUAUAAGUAACCAAGGAUAUCAAUUAGGGUAGACAAGAAUAGGACAGAAGUAGACCAUAGCCCCUGAGGAGGUGAUCUGGGCUCUCACUUUGCAGGUAGAGAAAAUGACAGCUUCUCCAAGUAGCCACUGUGUGUCUCCCAGGAGCAGUGGGCAUGUAAACUACAGUGACCAUAUUUUUAAAGCCAGAAUCUAGCAUGUGAAUGAAGAACACAACGGAAUUAUUUUGUACUGAGAUUGGUCCUGAGAAACUUGGGAUAUGUGGUGGUUGUGGUUAUGGGUAAUAUUUAAGACAUUCAU